CUGGGGGACCGGGGCCUUUUGUUUGGAGCAGCUGCAGGGGGUGGGCCCCCGGAGCGGCGAGACCGGCGGCCUUCUCCAGCUCGCUCGGUCCUGGCCGCCCCUCUCAGGGGUUGGGGGGCCACCCCCUGGGCCGGCCUCGCCUCAAACGCCUCCGUCCCGCCCUCGGCCCGCCCGCCGGCCCCGCCCGGCCAGCUAAAGGGGAAGAACUGGCUGGGCCUCCUCGCAGGGCCUAGCCACCUCCGGAGUCGCUGCCACCACCACCACCACACUCCGUGCACCGAACCCCAGGCUGCCCCUCGCCCCUCAGGCCGUCGCCAUGAAGAUCAAGGAUGCCAAGAAACCCUCUUUCCCAUGGUUUGGCAUGGACAUUGGGGGAACUCUAGUAAAACUCUCAUAUUUUGAACCGAUUGAUAUCACAGCAGAGGAAGAACAAGAAGAAGUUGAGAGCUUGAAAAGUAUCCGGAAAUAUUUGACUUCUAAUGUAGCAUACGGAUCCACAGGUAUUCGGGAUGUACACCUUGAACUGAAGGAUUUAACACUUUUUGGCCGAAGAGGGAACCUGCACUUUAUCAGAUUUCCAACCCAGGACCUGCCUACUUUUAUCCAAAUGGGAAGAGAUAAAAACUUCUCCACAUUACACACGGUGCUAUGUGCUACAGGAGGUGGUGCUUACAAGUUUGAAAAAGAUUUUCGCACAAUUGGAAACCUCCACCUGCACAAACUGGAUGAACUUGACUGUCUUGUAAAGGGCUUGCUGUAUAUAGAUUCUGUCAGUUUCAAUGGACAAGCAGAGUGCUAUUAUUUUGCUAAUGCCUCAGAACCUGAGAGAUGCCAAAAGAUGCCUUUUAACCUGGACGACCCCUAUCCACUGCUGGUAGUGAACAUUGGCUCAGGAGUCAGUAUUCUAGCAGUCCAUUCCAAAGACAACUACAAACGAGUAACUGGGACAAGCCUUGGAGGAGGUACCUUUCUGGGCUUAUGCAGUUUAUUGACUGGCUGUGAAAGUUUUGAAGAGGCUCUUGAAAUGGCAUCCAAAGGAGACAGCACCCACGCUGACAAGCUGGUCCGUGAUAUUUAUGGAGGAGAUUAUGAAAGAUUUGGUCUGCCAGGUUGGGCUGUAGCAUCUAGUUUUGGCAACAUGAUUUAUAAGGAGAAGCGAGAAUCUGUUAGUAAAGAAGAUCUAGCAAGAGCUACUUUAGUUACUAUCACCAAUAACAUUGGUUCUGUGGCACGAAUGUGUGCUGAUAACGAGAAAAUAAACAGAGUUGUCUUUGUUGGAAACUUUUUACGAGUCAAUACUCUCUCGAUGAAACUUUUGGCAUAUGCACUGGAUUACUGGUCAAAAGGACAACUGAAAGCAUUGUUUCUAGAGCAUGAGGGAUACUUUGGAGCAGUUGGUGCACUUCUUGGGCUGCCAAAUUUCAGCUAAAAGCAUCAGGUUUAUCUCUGAUAAUAAAUGUCAUCCAAGAGGAACUGAAAACCACAGGCAUAAUUGCUGCAUUAUUUGUCACUGGAAACGAAGGAUAAAAGAGUAGCACUAUUCCUGUUGCUUUUUAAAUGUCAAAAUGGUAAGCUGCUAAAUGUUGCCAUAGUAACAGCAAGAACUCGGUAGCAGGUGAAGUAUUUCUAAUUGAGAUGCUUUCCCUUUUGUAUAUAGCCAGUGUUAAAUCCUUAAAUGCAGUACAGCCUCUGAUUAUUGAGCUUUCUCUCAAAAAGAUUUUCUAUUUAUUUUAUGUAGCCAACAUUGCAGUACUGUAUGCUCAAACAAAUCUUAAAAGGCUCAGAAAUGUUUAUCUCAUAAAAAUAAUUAAUUCUGAAUAUUUGUUACAAGUCUGUUCUAUGUUUUGGGUAUUAGUAAGCAGACCGUAACAUACCCUGUAUCAAAAUUAAUUGAAAUGGCAAUCAAAGAUGAUAAUUUUAUGUGAUUUUAGAAGUGUCAAGGCAAUACUAAUUAUUCAUUGUUGUUUUCCUAACAUAUCCCCCCCCAAAAAGCAUGUUUAUGUGAUCUUUGCCCAGAAGUAUAACCUUUUUAAAAGGAGUACCUUUUUCAAAUGCCAUAAUUUAAUUGAAAUAUUAGCCUGAAUUUUAAAUGAAUCUAGAAAAUGCAGAUAUUUGGCGACAUUGCACUUUCUCGAUUUCAUUGUUAAUCAGUACAUUUACAGUGGUUAAUAUUUUGUAAUUGGAAGCUUAAUUAUUUGGAAGUGCUAUGAUGAGUUCCCAAAGACUCUUCUAAUGAAGUAUGGUUUGCAUGCAUUGAAGAGUUCUUUCUGUGCCACAUUUAUCUCAGGGCCAGACUCAGUCCUUUCUGUCUAAUUAGGUCUGAACCAUCAAAGCUAAAGACUUAAUUCUAUUAUGGACAGCAACAAAAUCACAUUUACUCUAAAUUGAUGUUAUAGAAGUCAGAGUUCUUUUGAAACUGGAAUUCAGAGGCCGUACUGCAGAAUUAUAAAAAGGAUCAGUGUUUUGUACAUCCUGGUAAUAAAAGAAUUAUAAUUCCUAAAUUUACUGUAAAUCCCUUUGCCUUAGAAUUUGUUCUCUAUUUUGAAUCAUUUUUUAUAAUGUUAUAAACCUUUUCAGAUUUUUACUUUGGCAGUAACAUUUUAGAGCUCAGCGACGUCGUUAGAGACUAUUGCUCAUGGCUUUUAUGAAGUAUUGAGGCUUGGGAAGCUAGUCACCUCCUAAAGUUACCAGUAAGUCUGAUGUGCUUUGAAGAACGUACAGCUGUUUCCAUUACGGAGAAGUAUUGCGGUGUUUCCACACAACACAGUUUUGCUCCAUGGAGAACAGUUUUCACUAGACUAUCAAGAGGUGCUUAGAAUUUUCAGAAUCUGUGCUCAAAUACUUAUAAUUCGGUUUUCUUUUAUUUAAAGACAUUAAUAUGAGAACUGGUGAAUAUGUAGAGAAAGUAUGUCAACAUAAUUUUUUAGAAUUUAGAAUAUUUAGAUCUUUGGAUUCAUGUCAUUCAGUAGAUAUUUUGAAAACCUACGACCCCAAAAAAGAUUGCCUUUUAAUUAGAGAGUUUUAGAACUAGUGGCUUUCAGUUCCAUACCCCAACUUCCCCAGGACAAAGUAUUGGUGGACUUGCCUGGCAGUUCCUUGUUCAGCUACUUUAUUUAAAUACGUGGACUCUUAGUGAAGGAAAAGUCAAUGCUAUUGCCAAUAAUACACAUGGUAAUUGACAGGCCUUUAGGAAGUUCAGAAUAUUUGCCAAAUAUUAGACUGCAGGGGUUCCUGAGUUUUUUGCCUUUGUGUGCAAAUGUGAUUGCUGUGUUAUAAGUUCUGGUUUCUGAAAGUUUCAUUUCUGUAAGCGAAAGGAUGCGGCUCAGAGGGAAGUUUUUCCUCUGUGUUCAGCGGUACUUUUGCCUUCUAAGAGUAGCUCAUCACUCUUAGUCUCACCUUGAUUUCUUUUUUCUUUUUUUUUUUUUAAUGUUUUUAUUGAUUUCAGAGAGGGAGAGAUAGAAACAUCAGUGAUAAGAGAGAAUCAUUGAUGGGCUGUCUCCUGCACGCCCCCUACUGGGGAUUGAGCCUGCAACCCAGGCAUGUGCCUGCCGGGAAUUGAGCUGUGACCUCCUGGGUCAUAGGUCGAUGCUCAAUCACUGAGCUACACCAGCCAGGCUCGCCUUGAUUUUUAAGGCUGCAUUCUUGGGUGGAAAGCUUAGCAAAGCAAUAGCUUCUAAAUGUCCUUUGUAACCAGUCUGUAUUAUAUAGAAAAUUUUUCAUAUUUUUUGUGUAUUAUUUUUUUCUGGUUGAGCACUUAAUGCUUUUUAAUCUAUUGCAUUUGAGAAUGUAGUUCAGAAAAAGACUGAAAGAAUAAUCACCAGAAAAAAAGAAUGUGCAUUAUUUUUCAUUUAACUUACUGUGUUGUGGUAUGUACUAGUAUAAGCAAAAUACUAGAAACAUGUUGCCUUUUGUAAUAAUACUCUUUGACCUGUUUAAGAUGAUUUGCCAUGAAAUGUCAAUGAUGUCCUAUUUCCCAGUAAGUUGGUUUAUCUUACUGUGUUUUAUUCUCACACCGGAGGAAUUCAGCCAACUUUGUUUUUUCAUCAGAUAAUCUCACAAAAUGGUAUGCUUUGUACUACCACUACCUGUUUUCAGUACUGAGCCUGGUAACUGGCAGACCCAAGAAAGAAUUUUCUUCCUUUAAAGUGUUUUAAUAGCCUAUAUUUUAAAAACUGUUGUGAAAAGUAACUCAUCACAGCUUUUGAGUAAUUUCCACUUUCAAAAAGUUCCGAUGUCUUCAGCAGUCCCUGUUGUUGGGGUUGUCAGUCUUGUGUGGUCAGCGGACGUGGGGUCAUAAUUUGGUUUUGUAUUAGAAAUAGCACCGGUCACUGGCCUAACUUCUUUAAAUGUUUUCUUUAUUUGUAAAACAAGGACAUUGAUUUGUCACAGUGGGAUCAUCAGUUACCAUCAAGUUCCUGGGAAAGGCAGGUACUUGCCUCAUGUGGCAGCGUCUGCAGUGACUGACCCAGUCGGUUCAGAUGCUGGCCUCAUGUCUUGGGAUGUAUUUUAUGUGUAUAUGUUGAUAGGUACUGGACUUGAAUUCUCACCCAACCAAUAGGAUGGUAUUAGUUAUUUAUCAUGUUAUGUUACUGCCUAUAAUGAGCAAGUAGAUGUACCUUAAACUAAUAUGAAGGGAUACAUACAUAUAUUAAAGUGUGUAAACAUAUCUGGAAUUUUUGUUGUGUUAACUUCAAAAUUAUAUGUGCAUUAUUAUAACUUUAUUUACAUUCUGGCCCUUACUAUAAUCAAAGAUUAUUUUUCUUAAACAUUUUCAGUCUGCUUGCCACAGCUGCCACUAAUUUUGUGUUUAAAAGAACUAAUGAGGAAUGUAUUUUUCAAAGGCAUAAAUGAAGGUCAAAAUCAAGAUUUUGAAUUAUAUAAAUAUGCAACUAAAUUUUAAUUCUAAAAUAGUGCUGUUUUUCUUUUUUUGCUAUUUCUUAACAUCUUUCACACGUUGCAGUGCUUACAGUUCCAGUAGCUAUCAAAGGGCACAUCUGCUUAACAUCAUUUGUAAAGUAUGAGUAGAUAAUGCAGAUGGUUUGAGGUCACUUGAGCCUCGCCCCCCUCUGCAUCAUGGCUGCUGUGCCUGCAGUCAGCAGUUGUCGCAGGUGUGAAGCCAUUUUGAAAUCUGCCGGUUUUUUUACGAGGUGCCCUUUUUAGUUUACAACAUUUAGAAACAGCAGGUAACUCUGCAGUCUCCUUGUCCAAAUAUAAUGAAUGGAAUUAGAUGUAAGUCAUGUUAAGAUGGUUUUAUCAUUUUUUAUACAUUGUGUGUUUUCACUUUUUUGACUUUUUACUGAAGUUCAAUGGCAUUUGUCUUAAUUCUGCCCAGUUACUGACCAAAUCAUAAACAGAUGUUUGUGUGUGUUAACUUUACUUCUACAAGCCAUUUCAGUUUAAGUUGCCUUAUUCUCUCAAGUUGUUCUUGUCAAGUUGUCCUUGUCUAAGCUUUGUCAUGUUGGAAUCCUAACACUGAAUCUGAUGUAAAAAUGUAUGAUGUGCUACAAAUUUUAUUCAUAACAAACUAAGUUAUAGCCUAUUGUAACCUAUAAGACAUUUUUUGUAAAUUGUCUAAUUUAUUUUUUCAUUUAUGUACAGUUUCUUAUGUAAAUUUUUAGACUGUUUGUUGUGGCCUGUUCUGGAAACAUUCUCCUCCUCUUCCUUAAUGCUUAUUUGCAUGAGAGAACCUUGGGUUUGGCUGUUUGCACUGUAGGAUUUGGCUGGUUUGCACUCUAUGGCCAUGAAGCCAACUUCAGCAUUCUGCCUUCUUUUCUGUAGCUGGACUUUUUCUAGUUUUGUUCAUGUUCUAAAUGUUAAAAUCAUGCUUAUUUCCUACUUUCCAAAUAAAUUCACUAAGUUGUUUACUAUGUG